AUGAGUUCACCCAACAUAACUUUUGCGGCAACAGCGGCAAGUUCUGGGUUUGUUACGGUAGACUUGGAGGAAACCACCAUCGUCGCAUUGCUUCUUAUGGCGCUGGUUAUUCUGUUGAUUCUUGUGCUUAAUCCCAUAUGCCUUGUCGCGCUACGUCGCGCCAGUGCCAUGCACGACUCAACCAAGAUCUUGAUGGCAUCACUCACCAUAUCUGACUUAUGCACGGGGGUCUUGUGUGCAGUCCCUCAGAUAACAGAAGACAUAUCCCAGAGAUGGAUCUUGGGAGACUUUCUUUGCUUGAUGUGGGGAAUAGCGUACCCAUCCACGAUCAUACUAAGUGUCACGUCACUGCUUCUGCUGACGAUCGAUCGAUUUAUCGCCAUCGUCCAUCCGCUGCGACAUCCGUGCAUAAUGACGUCAUUGAGUUCAAAGGUCAUAGUCGGGGUCACAUGGACUUCAGCGUACCUUACAAAUGUCGUUUUGUACGGCGUAUAUUUCCAAGCCACCGCAUCAAAGCGAACUUAUUAUCGGUGCAAUUAUUCGGACGUCGAGGUGUAUAUUUACUCCAGUAUCUGCACUCUCGCAUUCCCGCUGGUCAUCAUACUUGUACUGUAUCUGUACAUCCUACGCGUUGCACAACGCCAGGCACGACGAAUCGCUGAUCAAAACCACGCUACGUCGGAGGAGCAGAACGCCGGGCGUCGAUUGAGCACCAAGUCAGCUACGACAGUCUUCAUCGUGACGGGAACCGUGUUCAUCUGCUGGACCCCUGCUCUAAUCCUACUCUUGCUAUUCAUCACACAACAAAUCACGUUUCACCCCAGCAUGUCCAUUGCUGCAAAAGCGGUUUUAUUUAGUAACAGCUGGCUCAAUGUCAUCAUUUAUUACUGGAGGAACGCGGAGCUUCGGCAAGCAAUACGCGGCGUGAUAUCGUGCAUAUGCCGCCACUUGUGUUAA